CCAUCAAUCGUUCCUAUACAGUGUACGCUUUUCCGGGGCCUUGCCGCACAACAUCACCGGGCUCGUUCGAUUGCCCAUCCGCUAUCCAUCAUGGAACAUAUACAAGACGAAGCUGCACUAUGAUUACACAUCUAGCGAAGGCAUGAAUGGCCAAUGCGAAUGGUUGGAACGAGAUGGAUCGCAUCCAUCAUCCAGGAGGGUGAGGAUUCGUCUUGGCCAAAAGCUUGUAUCAAAAUUCGGAUAUCCGCGACCUCGGCACGGUUGCCGUCACCGGCAUAUCGGCACAGCCCUUGUCACGUUUCUCCCACCGUUCAGCAUGGCGUGCCCUCAUCUAGUUAUCGUCUACGAUAUCGCGCUAUUCCCGUUGAACGGUAUCGACGCCCGCAGGUGCGGAAACCCGCCGCCUUUUGCUCCUUGCUAGGGCGCAGUGGCGACAGGAUUCAGGCAUUAAGCAGAGAUAGACUAGCUAGAUGGGUCCUGUACGCAUUUUACCCCCUCGCGCAUUUCCCAUGAGUCUUGUUCCAACGUCGUCUUUCUUCUUUGUUGUUUCCCGUCCUUGCUGGGUUGGUGUCAGUACCAUUGUAUCGUCAUUUCAGCGUCGCGCUAUACUUCCCAUCCCUGCGCAAUCAUAUUGCGGAUUGGAACCUUCAAGACCUGUCCAAAUCACCACCCAAAAUAAUCGCUCGGCAAGGUUGCGGUUUGCGCCAUGGCGGGCAGCCUCAACGAACAAGAGAUGGAGUCAGGGAACGGCAAUGCGCCUCCACAAAAAUCCUCGUCAGACAUACAAUACGAAGAAGAGGAUCGUACUUCGCUAUCGUCUUCAGCGCCAUCCACCGAUUCCUUGGCAGACUCCCAGGAAAUACAAUCCUUGCAUCAAACCCUCUCGCGCAAUGCUGGCCUAGAAGGGCCGGCGGAUAAAGCCCUUACCGCCGUGACGACUAACAUGACGACGGAUCCGCGCUUCGAAGUCGACUUCGAUGAAGACGACGACGAGAAUCCUCAGAACUGGUCCAUGCUCAAAAAGGGCGUGACCGUCUUCAUCAUGUCCAUAUCCACGCUCGUUGUCGUCAUGUACUCGACGGCCUACACCGCGGGCAUUCCGGGUAUGAUGAGCACCUUUGGCAUUUCCGAUAAGACGAUGCUUGUGCUAGGCGUGACGACAUAUCUGUUCGGCAUGGCAUGUGGUUCAGUGAUCCUCGCGCCUCUCAGUGAGAUGUUUGGUCGAAGACCGGUUUAUUUGGUUGCUCUCUUCUUGUUCACCAUCCUCGUCCUCCCAUGUGCUAUGGCGCAAAACCUCGCCACCAUUCUGACACUUCGCUUCUUCGGGGCCAUGGCAGGGAGUAGCAUGGUCAGCAAUGCGCCGGGCACAGUUACUGACAUCUCGACCGAAGAGUAUCGGGCUUUGACAUUCAGCGUCUGGAGCAUAGGUCCAAUGAACGGACCGGUGUUUGGACCUUUGGUUGGCGGCUUCGUGUUCCAGUAUCUGGGUUGGAGGUGGACAAACUGGGUUGUCAUGAUCGGUGCCGGAGCGUCGUGGAUUCUGAUAUAUUUCAUUGGUGAAACCUAUGCACCCGCCCUUCUGCGCGCCAAAGCCGCAAAAAAGCGCAAGGAAACUGGCGAGGAACGAUGGUACUCCCGGUACGACGACAAGAAAGCGUUCUGGGCAUUGCUUAGAGAGAACCUCACCCGACCAUUCGCCAUGAGCGUGCAAGAACCCAUCUGCAUCUUCUGGAACAUCUAUGUCGCCCUAGUCUACGGCGUCCUCUACCUCUGUUUCGUAAGCUACCCUAUAGUCUUCAGCCAACUGCGCGGCUGGUCCCCAGGCUUCACAGGCCUCGGCUACAUGGGUAUCGGCAUCGGUGGCAUGCUCUGCAUCUGCUCCGAGCCCCUCCUCCGCCGCAUCAUCAACGCGCACGCCCCCGACCCAGAAACUGGGAAACCACCCCCGGAAGCCGCCGUCAGCAUCGUUUGCAUCUCCGCCAUUCUCGUCCCCGUGGGCGAAAUGAUCUUCGCGUGGACAUGCACACCAGAUGUCCACUGGAUCGCGCCCAUCAUCGCCGGAAUCCCCUUCGGCGCAGGGAACUGCGGCGUCUUCAUCUACGCCACAAACUACCUCGUCGGGUCCUACGGUAUUUACGCUGCCUCUGCCCUCGCUGGCAACGCUGUGCUUCGCUCCGUUCUCGGCGGCGUGCUACCGCUUGCCGGCGCGAAAAUGUAUGAGUCGUUGGGCCCAAAUUGGAGUGGUGCUAUGUUGAGUUUUCUCGAGUUUGGAAUCGCGCCUAUCCCGUUUGUGUUUUAUCGGUAUGGUGGGAAGAUCAGAGCGAAGAGUGCGCUUAUCAGGCGGAUGAGAGAGGACCGGGAAAGAUUGGAGGGGAAGAGACGGAGGGCUGAGGAGAGGGGCGUAAGGGAAAAUGGAAAUGAGAAUGGAAAUAACGGUGUGGUCGGUGCGAUUAGCGAUGGGGAGAGGAAAGAAGUCAGCGUUUAG